GCCGGCAUCACCUGAUGUGGUCCUCACUUGUCAGACGAACGCAGCUCAAGUAACCUAAUCUUCUCACCCAAACUCAAUUGAGCACCCACCAUGAAGUUUCUGAUCCUUGCCCUGUGCGUGGCAGCGGCUCUAGCCACCAGCCCUGACCUGGACCAAGAAUGGCAGAUGUGGAAGGACAACAACCAGAGGAAGUACGGAGCUGAGGAGGAGGACUUCCGGCGAUUCGUCUGGGAGUACAACUACAAGAUAGUGACCGAGCACAACCAGCGAUACGCCCUGGGCCACACCACCUACACCAUGGCCAUGAACGAGUUCGCCGACCUGACAUCAGGCGAGUUCACGAAGAAAAUGAACGGCUUUGUGAUGGACAAAGUGCCGCCAACCCCAGCCAAUUCCUUCACCGAUGUCAGCGCCCUUCCAACCAUGGUAGAUUGGCGUACCAAGGGAUGGGUAACUGGUGUCAAGAAUCAGAUGCAAUGCGGUUCAUGCUGGGCCUUCAGUGCUACGGGAUCCCUGGAAGGACAAACCUUCAACAAGACGGGUAAACUGCCGGACAUCAGCGAGCAGAACCUGGUAGACUGCGCCAUGAAGCCCUCUUACAACUGCCACGGCUGCGAAGGAGGCACCAUGAACGGUGCCUUCCAGUACGUCCACGACAACAUGGGAAUCGAUUCCGAAUCGUCCUAUCCAUACCAAGCAGAGGAUAAGAAAUGCCGUUUCAACCCAGCCAACGUAGUGGCCACUGACAAGACGCACACGCUCCUUCCCGCCAUGGACGAAAAGGCACUCCAGAUGGCCGUGGCAAUGGUUGGACCAAUCAGCGUGGCGAUCGACGCCAGUCAUGAGUCCUUCCAGAUGUACCACAAAGGUGUUUAUGAUGAGCCAAUGUGUAGCCAGACCCUGCUUGAUCAUGGUGUGCUUGCCGUUGGCUACGGCAUGGAAGACGACAAAGCCUAUUGGCUGGUCAAGAACAGUUGGGGCAAGAAGUGGGGCAUGAAGGGCUACAUCAUGAUGUCUCGCUUCAACAACAACCAGUGCGGCAUCGCGACCAACGCCAGCUACCCGCUUGUCUAAGGUGCUAAAGAGAUGAGAGCGCCCCCUCUGAUGGCAUAUAUUACAAAAGCAGUCACGCCAUCCUUUUCAGUAUUAAUGUUGUAUGACCAAAGGUCGCCCUCUAUUGACUAAGUAGUACAUCCUGUCUACUUAGGGCCGCAUUUUCGGUACAUAUUUGUUAAUCAAAGUCAUAGAACCCAUCUGUGCAAACCAAUGAACAAUUUUCAUAGUUUUAGUAAAAGCGCCCCCACGGGGCAGCAUAUUGGCCAAUAUAAUCCAACUAAGUGUCAAUUACUAGAUAACCAGCAGCGCACUCUAAUGCUACCUCGAUAGAUUCUGAGCCAGACUUAUCAUUACUAAUCGACUAACGACCUCCAGUUAUUCACUGUAACCACACCAAAAAUGAUAGCUUUUAUUCCAAACGUCUAUUUUAUCUCGUUAUAUAGCUUAAAAUCAUUGAACUAAUUGAGCUUUGAAUAGAUUCUUUCAUUUUGUUUUACCGUUUAAUUUGCAAUUAAUUUUAAUGAACUUGAAGCAAACGUUAUAGAGUUUCUUAUAUAUUGACCAAGAGGCUGUACAUUUCACGAAUCUUCUCUAAUAAAACAAUUAAUAAAAGAUAGAUAUUACAUAAUAUUCAUCAAACAA